CAGCAGACCCUGAAUGCUGGCAAGAGAAGUAUGGAGUGUAAGAGCUGGCAAGACUUUAAAAAACAAAACAAAAACUGGUUUUUACUUUAGUUGUGUUGUUUUUCUCCCCUGGUACUACCAGUAGCAAUACAGCCCCAACAUCUGCUGUGCUUCUACCACCUGCAGAAGGGUCUGACAAGUGGGGGAGGAGCCUGCAGCUGUUGCCUGGAAGAGGAGCUGGCUCUUAGCAACAGUAUCAGCAGGCCUUCAGCUCAGCACUAAAUCUGCCCCUUUGAGGUCUCAUUCAGUUCAGCACAUAUCUGUUGAGUGGUUAUCUGUUGAGUGGUAAUUGAGUACUCAGCACCAUGUUAGGCCUGAGAAAGAGGUAAAUCAAGUGCUUUGCCUUCAAAGAACUCAGUUUUAGGUACAGUAACAACGGAAUAUAGUAACCAGUGCUAAGUGUUGUGUAGAAGGAAACCGUGGGUGCCCUGGGAAAAGCAGACAGGCAUGGACUGGUACAGGGGCUGGAGAAGUUUCCCAGGAGACUGUUGAGUGAUGGUUGAACUGAAUGUUAAUGAUGGACAGGAAGUAGCUAGGUCGGGCAGAACCACCAAAGGCAGUAAACCGAGCCGGUUCCAGGGGAGUCAGUGAGUGGCAGUUUACCCAUGUAGUAUUGGCAAGGGCACAGAGUAGGCCAUAGUAGAUGAGCCGGAAAGGGAGAGGCUCCAGGGCAAGGCUGGGCCCUCUUUUCUAAGGUUCUUUAUACACAUAAUUAUUCUCGGGAGAAAAAUGGAUAGUAGUGAUUGCCACAAACAGGAUCAUUGUUUGAUCUCCAGAGACUCAGCAUUUUUGUCACUGACUUAAUUGUUUGCUGACACUUGUAAGUGGCUUCAGGGCCACAUUGUAGGUAUUGAUACAAAAGCUGAGUUGAUAGACUUUAAAAGUCAAGCAAUCUUGGAGGGAUAAUUUCAGAGUUCUUUAGAAAUAUUAUUACAGGCCUGUGUUGUAUUAAAAUUCACACUCCCUCCCUUUCUUAUUGUAGAAAUCAUAAACAGAUGCCUUCCCUUUAUUUAACAUAACAGUUUCUCAUGUAAUUUGAAAUCUCAGUUACCCAAGAAAAUAAGUAUUUAUUACAAUUAAUUCUUGGAUGCAUAAUGUCACCAUCAUGACUGAAGAAAAACCGGACUGCUUUUUGUUUCUUUGACUUAUGUCAGAGUGCUCUCUAACAGAACCUGAACAGACCUGACACUCUAGUUGCAACCGAGGCGAUGGCUUACUACCUCAACUCGGAAUCCCACCUGGAUCCAGGGCCCAUCUACGUUCGAGAAAAUGGGCAGCUGCACAUGGUCAAUCUGGCUCUGGAUGGUGUUAAGAACAGCCUGCAGAAGCCACGGCCUUUCAGACUCUUUCCCAAAGGCUUUUCCGUGGAGCUGUGCAUGAACAGGGAAGAUGACACCGCACAGAAAGAGAAGACUGAUCACUUCAUCUUCACCUACACCCGAGAGGGGAAUCUGCGCUACUCUGCCAAGUCGCUCUUCAGCCUGGUGCUGGGCUUCAUCUCUGACAAUGUGGAUCAUGUUGAUUCCCUUAUUGGCUUUCCUGAGCAGAUUGCUGAGAAGCUGUUCUCUGCUGCUGAAGCAAGACAGAAAUUCACAGAGCCAGGUGCAGGGCUCAGGGCUCUACAGAAAUUCACUGAGGCCUAUGGAAGUCUGGUGCUUUGCUCGCUGUGCUUGCGAAACAGGUAUUUGGUGGUUGCAGAAAAACUUGAAGAGAUCAAGUCUUUCCGGGAGCUGACCCGCCUGGAUCUUUCUUGUUGCAAGCUUGGAGACGAGCAUGAACUCCUGGAGCAUCUCACCAAUGAGGCCCUGUCCAGUGUAACUCAGCUCCACUUGAAGGAUAAUUGCUUAUCUGAUGCAGGCAUUCGGAAAAUGACAGCACCAGUAAGGGUGAUGAAAAGAGGCCUUGAGAAUCUAACGCUGUUAGACUUGUCUUGUAACCCUGAGAUCACAGAUGCUGGAAUUGGAUACCUAUUUUCUUUUAGAAAACUAAACUGCUUAGAUAUCUCUGGAACAGGACUAAAGGACAUCAAAGCCGUCAAGGACAAGCUGCAGACACACAUAGGCCUUGUUCACUCCAAAGUGCCUUUGAAGGAAUUUGAUCAUAGUAACUGCAAAACAGAGGGCUGGGCCGACCAGAUCGUGCUGCAGUGGGAGCGAGUGAGCAUGGAAGCUGUGCGGCAACGGAAAGGCGCAGAGCCUCGGAAGGCAGCGCAGUGCUUCUAUCAGAAGCGAGCUCUCACAGAAGCCUCUAGGAAAUGUCUCCUGGCUGACACACACAUGGACUCUUCUGGAAAACUCCAGUUCUAUAGGGAGAAGGCUCCGGACUGCCAUGGGCCACUACUGAGCCAAGAGUCAAAGAAGAGCACGAAGAGAGCUUUCGAGGGGUCAGAGCAGGAGCAGAGUGCACAGCAGUCGGCCAAGCAGAAGUGUGUGUGUCUGUCUGUGGAAGACUGGGAUUUGCUGAAUUCCUACUGACUGACACAAACAGGUGACCGUUCCCUCAGCACAGAAGAGGGGAGACCGCUGGUGAUUUUCUUUUGGUUUGGAUUUAUCUAUGGCAUUAGCAUAGCAAGCAGAUAUUUCUACUUUUGUGGUGGGGAGGGAGUGCUAUGGACAUAUGUAAUAAUUUCUAAUGUAUAUUUUCAAUACAUAGUAAUUUUUUCAAAUAAACUCUUUUGCUCUCGUUCA